GAUUGUGGAUGAUAGAAUGAUUAAUGUGAGUGAACUUUGUAGUUUGUAGUGUAUAGACUCGUGGAGUUGAAAUUUUUUUUUUACCGGAUUGUGAAUUUUUUUUUACCGGCUCCGAACCCAUAGGGUUGGAAUCCUGGAUACGCAACUGAUUUCAAUUAGUGCUUCUUCUCAGAAAUUCAUACAUUCAACUAUUUGAGAGAAAGGGCAAAAUGGGAUGGAAAGCAGCUCAAAAACUCAUCCGGAAUUGGAAGAUUGUGAGAGGAGACGAUGUGAUGAUAAUUAGGGGUAAAGAGAAAGGCGAAACGGGUACCGUUAAGCGUGUCGUUCGAUCUCAGAAUCGUGUCUUAGUUGAAGGAAAAAAUCUUGUCAAAAAACACAUAAAACAAGGGCAAGGUCAUGAAGGUGGCAUUUUUACAGUUGAAGCUCCACUGCACGUUUCAAAUGUGCAAAUUGUUGAUCCAGUUACGGGAAAACCUUGCAAGGUAGGGAUUAGAUAUCAAGAGGAUGGUACAAAGGUUCGAAUCUCAAGGGGUAUAGGAGCAUCAGGGUCCAUAAUUUCUCGCCCUGAGAUUUUGAAGAUAAGGACCACGCCAAGACCUACUGCUCCUGGUCCUAAGGAUACCCCGUUGGACCUUGUCCUGGAGGAGACAUAUAAUCCUAAAACUGGAAAAGGAAUGCCAGAUCUAUAAGGGGCUGAAUCUGUAGGUGGUUUAGAUGGAAAAAGCAUUGGCUCAAGGACUUGCUGACUGCAAAGUUGAUAUUUUCAUAUGUUGAUGCAGUAGUUUUCUCCACCUGAUAUAAUGUGUCAUGGUGGUUAGUUCUAAUAACGCCUUGUGGUGAUUAAUUUUGAUGUAGCUUGUGUAUGCUAUAAAAGAUUGUGCAAGUGAUCUGUUUCUUUGCAGAGUGAGCAAUUGUGUUGUGUUUUUUGUUUGAGCAUUUGCCCAAAUGCUAAAAUAUGCAGUAACUGGGAUAUCUUAGAAACAGAACGGAUAUAUAGUGUUUUUUUCCCCUUUUU